AAAGAGUAAACAAACCAAUCCGGGCAUGGUUGCCCUGCAGCGCCCUUGCCAUACUCCCACCACGGCAACGCCUGUUCACCAGUCUCUCCUUUGCUUUUCACUCUCUCUUCGCCAGUAGGCGAAGGCUUUCCUCGUCGCCGCCAUGAGUCGGCAGUCAACGAUGGGUCUCUAUCCGCGUCUCGAGGAGGUCACUGACCUGGCAACACUCUCUCCAGUCUCUGACGAUAUCAUUGUCUCUUGUCUGCGCGAACGCUUUAUGACAGACAUUAUAUACACCAGUGUUGGGUCAUCCGCAAUCGUCGCCGUCAACCCCCAUAAAUAUGUACCCAGCAAUUCAGACUCUAUUAUGCACAAAUAUGCCUCUGAGUACCGCGACACGUCUCCGAGCAAGGUUCCAAUGCCUCCACAUGUCUUCCAGCUUGCCAACAACGCAUAUUACCACAUGCGACGCACUACGCAAGACCAGUGUAUUUUGAUGAUCGGCGAGACGGGCAGUGGGAAAUCCGAAAACCGGAGACUCGCUAUCAAGACGCUGCUCGAGCUGAGCGUAAGCAAUCCUGGGAAGAAAGGCUCCAAGCUUGCCACACAGGUUCCCGCUGCUGAGUUCGUCCUUGAAGCCUUUGGAAACGCCCGGACUCUCUUCAACCCUAACGCGUCUCGCUUCGGGAAGUAUACUGAGCUCCAAUUCACAGAGCGAGGUCGAAUAUGUGGUAUCAAGACUCUCGACUACUACCUCGAGCGGAACCGUGUUGCAGGCGCACCGUCCGGCGAGCGCAACUUCCACAUCUUCUACUACCUCGUAGCUGGUGCAUCACAGGAGGAGAGGCAGCAUAUGCACCUCACCGACAAGUCUGUCUUCAGAUAUCUCGGCCAGCGCGGUGCCCCCGUUCGCGGUAAUCAAGGUAGAGACGACGACGCAGUCCGUUUCGAGCAGCUCAAGAUGGCGUUGAAGAAUGUUGGCUUUUCCAAACGUCAUGUUGCCCAAGCGUGCCAGCUGAUCGCUGCCAUCCUUCACUUGGGAAACUUGGAAUUCACCAUUGACAGGCAUCGUAAUGAGGACGCAGCUGUGGUGAGGAACACAGAUGUGCUUGAACGUGUUGCAGAGUUCCUCGGUGUCCAGCCUCAGGCACUUGAGGCCACUCUGUCCUACAGGACUAAGCUGGUGAAGAAGGAGCUGUGCACUGUAUUCCUUGAUCCUGAUGGUGCAUCAGACAAUCGGGACGAGCUCGCCAAAUCUCUGUAUUCUCUCCUUUUCGCCUGGCUGAAUGAGCACAUUAACGAGCGUCUCUGCAAAGACGACUAUUCAACAUUCAUUGGACUCUUUGACCUUCCAGGACCCCAGAAUAUGACUAGCCGUCCUAAUUCACUCGACCAAUUCUGCAUCAAUUACGCUAAUGAGCGUUUGCAGAAUUUUAUUCAGAAGCAGCUCUUUGACAAGCACGCUUCUGAAUACACCAGCGAGGGAAUCUCUCGAUUCGUACCCGAGGUACCCUACUUCGAUAAUUCGGAAUGUCUGCGUCUGUUGCAGAACAAACCAGGCGGUUUGAUUCACAUCAUGGACGACCAAGCUCGUCGAAUGCCUCGUAAGACUGAUCACACCAUGGUAGAGGCAUUCACGAAGCGCUGGGGUAAUCACUCUUCCUUCAAGGCUGGUGCGAUCGACCGCUCUGGGUUCCCAACCUUCACUGUCAACCAUUACAGUGGCCCUGUCACCUAUUCGUCAGAAGGCUUCCUCGAGCGUAACUUGGACGCUCUCAAUCCCGAUUUCGUUUCGCUUCUCCGUGGUAACAGUCCCGACGGGACAGAUGCGCCUUCCGCCGAUGGGUCGGGUUCUGCCAAUCCUUUCGUUCGCGGCUUGUUCUCUGCGAAAGCCAUUGCUACUCAGGCACAUCCUCGCAAUGAGGAGACUAUCGUUUCCGCACAGCAGCCUGUAAAACCGAUGCGUGCACCUUCUACUCGUCGCAAGAACACCAUCAAACGUAUGCCCACUCUGCGAGAGGGUGAUGUAGAUGAGAAGGAUCGGGAGGAAGAGGAAGGCGUUGGGAGUUCAGGCGGUACCCCAUGUAUUGCUGGCGAAUUCCGUUCUGCUCUCGACACUCUGUUUGAGACUCUGGAGGAGACGCAGGCGUGGUAUGUUUUCUGCGUCACCCCGAAUGAUUCGCAACUGCCGAACCAGCUGGAGGGGCGUUCUGUAAAAGGUCAAGUUCGCAGCGUAGGUUUAUCAGAGAUCGCUCGAAGAUGUGUGAACGUCUUUGAAGUCACCAUGACGCACGAAGAGUUUGCUCAAAGGUACAGGGAACCACUCUCGUCCUCUGGCAUCAUUGAGGGUGGUCCAAAGGAGCAAAUCGGACAGGCUCGAACAGCAUUGGGGCUCGAGGAGAGGGACCUUGUCGAUGGAGCGAAUAUGGUAUUUUUAUCUCACAAAGCUUUCCACAAGCUGGAAGACAUGCUGCGUGCGCAGGACACCGAAGAGAUGAAGCGGAACCGUAUCCGAGAUGCUGAAGCUGAGGCGGGCCUUGAUCCUCGUGGACUCAGCGAUCCUUAUGCUCCAUAUCAAGUACCAGGCGGAGAAUCGCCAUAUGAAGGAGGCUAUAACGAUCCUUUUGGUCAAUCCAAUCAAGCGCUUCCACUCGUUGCCCACGCCUCUCCAUUCAAUCGUGCGGGGAUGUACGACGAGUACUCAGAUCAGAAGUCGUCGUUCCGAGACGACGAUUACGACGCUAGAAGCGCUCUUACGAGCAACAGGGAUGAAGGGUCCGUGUCCAACUUCGGUACCGAGUCCUAUGCACCAUCCCGCAACAUGUUCCAAAAUGCGGACAAGAAGGGCCUCAUGGACAAAGAGGCGCUCGCUGGCGAGAUCCAGGAAGGCGAAACUGCAGAAGUUCUGAAAGAGUCUUCCGCUCGAAGACGAUGGGUUGCCAUAUGCUGGAUUCUUACUUGGUGGGUACCGACCCCUGCCCUCGCUUACAUUGGUCGGAUGAAGCGAAUCGAUGUUCAACAAGCCUGGCGAGAAAAGCUUGCUAUCAACAUGAUUAUCUGGUUCAUGUGUGGUUGUGCCAUUUUCAUCAUUGCCAUCAUUGGUCCCCUCAUCUGCCCUACCGAACACGUCUUCAGCAGUAGCGAGCUGGCAUCGCACAAUUUCCAGGACAAUCCCAAUAAUGUCUAUACGUCGAUCCGAGGAGAAGUCUUCGAUCUCACAACGCUCGCGGCCACUCAUCAACGGAUAGUCAAUGUCGUUCCUGAGAAGUCUAUCAUGAAGUAUGGCGGCGUUUCAGCUGAUAGCAUCUUCCCGGUGCAGGUCAGUGCAUUAUGCAAUGGAGUUGAUGGCAACGUUAGCCCCUAUGUGCAACUAGACUCUAGCAAUGUUACCGACGACAACGCGCAAUACCACGAUUUCCGGGCUUGGACAGAUGAUUCCCGGCCAGAUUGGUAUUUCGAGAGCAUGGUGCUUAUGCGAUGGAACAAUCGUGUCGGUUUCCUUGGCCAUACGUCGAAAGACCUCAAAAACAUGGCAAACAAGCAGCGCUCGGUUGGAGUGUACCGUGGCCUUAUUUACGACUUGACUUCGUACAUCCAAAAUGGUCCCGCUGUAGGCCAUCCCAAGGACCAACAGGCACCUCCGAACAUCAAUGCGCAGUUCAUGCAUCCGGCCAUCAUCAACGUGUUCCAAGUUAACGCAGGUCAAGAUGUGACGAAGAAGAUUGAUGGUCUCAACAUCGGCCACGACGUCUUGGAGAGGCAGCGUGUAUGUCUGCGGAACCUCUUCAUGAUAGGCAAACUGGAUACUCGAAACUCCCCACAAUGUUUGUUCGCUACCUACAUCCUGCUCGCAUUGUCCAUCAUGAUGGUCAGCGUUAUUGGCUUCAAGUUUAUCGCUUCUAUCAACUUCGGCUCAGCUCGCGCACCGGAAGAUCACGAUAAGUUUGUCAUCUGUCAGGUUCCUUGCUACACCGAAGGGCAUUCAUCCCUCAAGCGAACCAUUGACUCAUUGGCUCAAACCAAAUAUGACGAUAAGCGCAAGCUUUUGUUCAUUAUUUGUGACGGUAUGGUCGUUGGAUCUGGCAAUGAUCAACCCACGCCUCGUAUCGUGUUGGACGUCUUGGGAGCGAACCCGAAUGUCGACGCUGAGUCACUCAGUUUCCUUUCCCUGGGCGAAGGCGCCAAACAGCACAACAUGGGCAAGGUCUUCUCCGGUCUUUACGAGACAGCUGGCCAUGUUGUGCCAUACGUCGUCGUCGUGAAGUGCGGCAAGCCGGGUGAGAAGCAACGGCCUGGAAAUCGUGGUAAACGUGACUCUCAGAUGUUGCUUAUGCAUUUCCUCAAUAAAGUUCAUUUCAACUCACCCAUGAACCCAUUGGAACUCGAGAUGUACCAUCAGAUCAAGAAUGUCAUCGGAGUCAACCCUACGUUCUACGAAUACCUCUUUAUGGUGGAUGCCGAUACAACAGUACAUCCCCUGUCUCUCAAUCGGCUUGUUUCUGCCAUGAUUCAUGACAAGAAACUACUCGGUGUCUGCGGAGAGACGGAGUUGGCAAACGCCAAGCAGUCGCUCAUCACCAUGAUGCAGGUUUACGAGUACUUCAUCUCGCAUCACAUGGCCAAAGCGUUCGAGAGUCUUUUCGGUUCGGUGACCUGUCUUCCCGGUUGUUUCACUCUUUACCGUCUGCGAACGCCUGACACACACAAGCCUCUUCUCAUCUCCAACCAACUCAUCCAAGAUUACUCGGAGAAUCGAGUCGAUACCCUGCAUAUGAAAAACUUGCUGCACCUUGGUGAAGAUCGGUUUAUGACGACCCUGUUGUUGAAGCAUUUCUCGCACUUUAAGACCCAGUUCGUUCGUGACGCUCACGCAUACACCGUCGCCCCAGAUGACUGGAGGGUCCUCCUCUCACAACGUCGGCGUUGGAUCAAUUCAACUGUUCACAAUCUCGGAGAGCUGAUCUUCCUUGAUCAACUUUGUGGCUUCUGUUGUUUCUCUAUGCGUUUCGUCGUUAUGAUCGACCUCUUGUCCACUGUGAUCCAACCUGUCACAGUUGCAUACAUCGUCUACUUGAUUUAUCUCACGGCAGGAGCUCACCAAACGAUCCCCACCAUCUCAAUCGCGAUGAUCGUAGCAGUGUAUGGUUUACAAGCUCUGGUGUUUAUCCUUCGCCGCAAAUGGGAUAUGAUCGGGUGGAUGGUAUUCUAUAUCCUUGCCAUUCCCGCAUUCUCCUUCUUCCUCCCGCUGUACUCCUUCUGGAAGAUGGAUGAUUUCUCAUGGGGUCAAACUCGUGUAGUUUUGGGUGAAUCUGGCAAGAAGAUGAUUGUCCAUGAUGAAGGCAAAUUCGACCCUAAGGUGAUCCCGUUGAAGUCCUGGUCCGACUAUGAAAACGAACUUUGGGAUAAAGAAUCAAAUCACAGCAUUGGCUCUUGGGAACCUCCCCAGAAGUUCCAGAAUGAUGGAUAUCCGGAGUCCCACACCGCCUCUGUCUAUGGCCGUGAGACUUACUAUGAGCCCGCCAUGUCUCGCGCAUAUUCGCCGUCACCAUCUCAAGGAAAUAUGAUGUUCCCCCCACCGGGCUACCAAUCAGGUCGCAACACGCCGAUGUCUAUGGCGCCAGGUGUCCUUCAUCAACCUGUUCCUUCACGCCCUGUGACAAAUUACCUCGACGUUCAAAUCCCUGGAACUCGCAGUCCCAAUGAAGGCGACCUUCCUCCUGGUGGUCCAACUGAUGCGGAGCUAGACCAGGCCGUCGAGAUGAUCUUGCGCGAGGCCGAUCUGAAUACCAUUACGAAGCGGGAAAUUCGUCGACAGUUGGAGGAUUAUUUCCAUAUGGACCUCUCUAGUCGAAAGCAUGCUAUCGGUGUUGCGAUUGACCGUGUUUUGGUGACACGAGCGACUUAAGACAUUCUUUAGUAUCAGGAUAAUUUGCAGGAGACAUUUCUUUCACAUUCAUGAUCAUUCCUUUCUUUUUGUGGACUUUCGCCGUCAUUUUGUUGCAUGCUAGCCUAUAGUCAGUCAAGCUCGGACUUUGCAUCCUCUAUCGUGUUUCUUUAUUUCCGAGUACGUACACUUAUACAUUACAUUCGCAUCUAGUUUUGUGUUAUGAAUUGAAUGCAAGAAAGCGUAGACCAUUCA